CCUUCCUAGGGUAGAGGGGUAGUAGGUAGGACGUUCAUAAUAGUAGGGAAGAGUGUUGUGUUUGUAUUUGUGCCUGUAGUGUCUUGUAGCUUCUUGUUCAUGGUGUUUUGGUGAUGUCUAUGAUUUAGUAUAGCUAUUUUGUAGUAUUACUUUGGGGGUGUUUUGUUUCCUUUACUAUCUAGUGGUGUGAUAUUCCUUUUUGUUGGUUGCUUUUAUGAUUUUUGUUUGAUUAUAUUUGUUAUCUGUCCUGAGCCGAGGAUCUUUCUACUUCAGCUGAGGUAGUGGUAUGGAUUGCGUACACUUUAUCCUCCGCAGACUCCACUUUGUGGGAAUACACUGGAUGGUGGUGGAAUCGGCAAUAUUAAGAAGUGAUAGAUGUGUGGGAAAUUGAUGCUGCAAUUGAGAAUACAGCAAUAAAAGAUUGGCGAUUUUCGCGUUUAAAUAAAAGAUGGAAAAGAAGGGUGAAGAGAAUUGGAGGGAGAUGAUUAGGAGGAUGCUUCCUCCAGGAGUUCCCCUCCCCGAGGGGGAUGCGAUGGAUUGCUCAAUAGCAUCAGAGUAUACUGGUCCUCCAAUAUCAUAUGAUCUUCCUAGAGUAGAACCGGUUGAUGUGAAAUCUGGUGCAAUUCCCACAGUAUCUGUAGCAGAACCUCUUUCAGAAUCAAGAAGAUCCGUAAGACGGGAUGUUGCACCUGUUAUAGAGACAAUUCCAUUGCACGUGUCUCGGGUAGCUGCUGUAACCAGUCAACCGAGUGAAAGUCCAAGGAUUCCAGCUAGUUCAGAGUCCCAGGUGUCUGUACUGCACAGCCCUGAUACUUCUUCAGGUUCCCCCUCAGCGUCCCCUCGGUCCGAGCAUAAUCCCUCUGAGAAUGCUGCAAAGAACAAUGAGUCGAGAAGAGCCCAUGUGGUGACUUUCAAUACUAUUACUAGAUCUGAAAGAAAAGUGGUGGACAUUGAGAAUCAAGUCUUUCCGGAAUAUGUUGGAGUUUCCAAGGAAAGGAAGAAGAAAAAGAAAUCAAAAUUCUGUUGUAGAUGUGGGAAAGGGAAGUGGGAAAAUAAAGAGUCAUGCUUGGUUUGUGAUGCAAAAUAUUGCAUCAAUUGUGUGCUUAGAGCAAUGGGUUCCAUGCCUGAGGGGCGCAAAUGUGUAAGUUGCAUCGGUGAGCCAAUUGAUGAGUCAAAGAGAUUCAAACUUGGCAAACAUUCAAGAGUAUUGUCACGUUUGCUUAGUCCCUUGGAAGUCAAGCAAAUAAUGAAAGCAGAAAAAGAAUGUGCUGCUAAUCAGCUCCGACCGGAACAGUUGAUUAUUAAUGGAUUUCCUUUGAAACCUGAUGAAAUGGCUGAACUCUUCGGGUGCCCUUUACCGCCUCAGAAGUUGAAGCCUGGAAGUUAUUGGUAUGACAAGGAAUCUGGACUUUGGGGAAAGGAAGGAGAAAAACCUGCUAGAAUUGUGAGUUCAAAUCUGAAUUUUACUGGGAAACUUAGUCCGCAUGCAAGCAAUGGAACCACACAGGUCUAUAUUAAUGGCCGAGAGAUAACUAAACUGGAACUCAAGGUGCUGAAGCUUGCAAAUGUGCAAUGUCCCCGUGACACUCAUUUUUGGGUAUAUGAUGAUGGUCGCUAUGAGGAAGAAGGACAAAACAAUAUUCGGGGUAACAUAUGGGAAAAGGCAUUUACGCGGUUUAUCUGCUCCCUGUUGUCGCUGCCAGUACCUGUUGGUCAGCCCCAUGGACAGAGGGAUGAACCUAGUAAUUAUACUACUGUUACAAAUUAUAUAGAGCAAAAGAGGGUUCAGAAGCUACUUUUACUUGGACUUGAAAGUUCCGGAACAAGCACUAUUUUCAAACAGGCAAAAUUUUUGUAUGGGAACAAGUUCACUGCUGAAGAAGUUCAAGAUAUCAAGCUGAUGAUUCAAAGCAACAUGUACAAAUACCUGAGCAUUCUUCUUGAUGGAAGGGAGCGCUUUGAAGAGGAGGCUUCGUCAAGAAUAGAGGCUGAAGGCGGUGACUUGGGAUCUGCCGAAACUAGCCAGUGCAUCUACUCGUUGAACCCGAGAUUGAAGCAUUUCUCUGAUUGGCUACUGGACAUCAUUGCCACCGGAGAUUUAGAUGCAUUUUUCCCUGCAGCAACACGUGAGUAUGCUCCUCUGGUUGAAGAAGUUUGGAAGUAUCCUGCUAUACAGGAAACAUACAAGAGAAGAAAUGAGCUUCAUUUCCUUCCAGAUGUAGCAGAUUACUUCUUGAGCAAGGCUGUUGAGGUGUCAAGCAAUGAGUAUGAACCUUCCGAGCGUGAUAUACUGUAUGCCGAGGGAGUUACCCAAGGCAAUGGUUUGGCUUUUAUGGAGUUCUCCUUGGAUGAUCGUAGCCCAAUGUCUGAAACCUAUGGAGACAAUCUGGAUGCUGCUGCGCUACCUCUGACUAGGUACCAGCUAAUAAGAGUAAAUGCCAACGGAAUGAAUGAAGGAUGCAAGUGGGUGGAGAUGUUUGAAGACGUUCGUGUUGUAGUAUUUUGCGUUGCGCUGAGUGAUUAUGAUCAGAUAUGGCUUUCUCACGAGGACUGUGGUAGCGGUACACUACUUCAGAACAAGAUGUUGCAUAUCAAAGAACUCUUUGAAACAAUGGUAAGACAUCCAUGUUUCAGAGAAACUCCAUUCGUUUUAAUCUUGAACAAGUAUGAUCUGUUUGAGGAAAAGAUCAUUUGUGUACCAUUGGAUUCUUGCGAGUGGUUCAGCGAUUUCAGUCCAGUAUGGACUCUCCAUAAUAACCUAUCACUAGCAAACCAAGCAUAUUAUUAUGUAGCAAUGAAGUUUAAAGACCUUUAUACUUCUAUCACGGGUAAAAAACUAUUUGUGUGGCAAGCUCAGGCAAGAGACCGCGUGACAGUUGAUGAGGCAUUCAGGUAUAUAAGAGAGGUCGUGAAGUGGGACGAGGAAAAGGAAGAAACCUACUACGGUGGAGUUGAGGACUCAUUUUACAGUACAACUGAUAUUAGCUCUUCUCCGUUUUUACAGCAGGAAUAAGUUAGUUUAGACAUAUCUUGAUAUUUGUAGAUUUGGCAAAGGAGAAAAGGAAGUGAGGUCAAAUAAGUCUCAUCCCGUGCAUAGCAGGAACUUUAGUGCACCGUGAUUCCCCCUUUUGUUUUUGGUCUUUCAACUGAUCAUUUGCCAUCCCAAUGUAUAUUAAUAGUCAAAGUUUCUUGGAUGGCAUUGAAAAGUUUGGGGAAUCAAUACUUGUAUUAUCCUUUUGUAUAAUCUCUGUUGUAACUUCUGACUUUUAGUAACAAUAGCAGCUUAGUGGUUACCUUGUUUGGUCUUACAUGCGGGAUGGAACAAGGAUAUUACUGGUUGCGAUAUUUCAUGGAA